CGCGCCACGUAACUGAAAGUGUUUUUAAUUUAUAUUUGUUAUGUGAGUGACGGGAUGUCGAUUCAUUUUGCCAUUUUGCCAUUGUCGUUAUUCGUCGUUCGUUUCGAUUUUGCAACGCGUACUUUACAUGCAAGUAUCUUUCGAACGUCGUUUGAUUUGAAUUAAUGCGAAAUUGCCGCGCAGUCAUUACGCGAAUAAUACCAGUCACGAGUGUCGGAGAGUGCGAAACAUGUGUUAGGUUUUUUUUAUCAUCGACUGUUAUCUACUUCGUGUCCUAGUCGUCGAUGACACUGACCUCUCGCUUGCCGCUGCUACGCAAACUAUUACAAAAGUGACCCGAAAAAUUAUUUAUCUCGCCGAGGCUCAGAGAAACAGGACCGGACGAAAACACUGACCUCGUCAUCUCUAUCAGGUCCCCUCCCUCCGUUUUCGCACAGGUGAGUCAAAGGCCAACGACGUGACGAACACAAUCCACGGUUUUUGUUCUCCUCUCCCCGAAAGCGUUUCGCGAUUGAACGCUGUAAGCCGAAAUGGCCUACGGUAUGUUGCAAAUCGUCAGGGGUCUGCCGAAAAAUGCCUUGAAGACCACCGUCGCUGCCAGAAGGGCGGUCCAGUUUGAGGUUUUAAGCGAGACACGAAAGGUUCACCUAGGGAAUGAGCCCGCUUGUCCAAGGAGAGGAUUGUCAACAGUUACUACUUCUCAUCCGAUAUCACUUUAUGGUUCAUCCAAUAGACGAUCUUUUGAUCAAUGCCGCUAUUUUCAAACAAGUGCAAUCCUUUGGGAAGAACAUGUUUUAAAGACACCUGCUUUCGCCGAUUCAGUCUCUGAAGGUGACAUGAGAUGGGAAAAAAAUGUUGGAGACUCAGUGGCAGUAGACGAAGUGGUUUGUGAAAUCGAAACAGAUAAAACAUCAGUUCCUGUUCCUUCACCAGUCAAUGGAGUUAUUGAAAAGCGAUUUGUUGAAGAUGGUGCUACUGUUGUAGCUGGACAAGAUUUGUGUACAAUUACCAUCACGGAAGGAGCACCUGCACCAGCCAAGGCAGCUCCUAAAGUUGAAGACACCCCUAAAGCUGCAGAACCGGUAACACCAGUGGCUACUCCUGUUCCUGCAACACCUUCCCCACAGUCUCAACAAUCAACACCACCAUCACCUCCUCCUCCCCCUCCCCCUAUGUCAAGAGUAGCUGCACCACCAGCUACUGCCCCACAAGUAUCAAAACAACAAGGUGCGACUGUUAAAUUACCACCAGCUGAUCCUACAAAAGAGAUAACUGGAACUAGAUCAGAAUAUCGUGUUAAAAUGAAUCGUAUGCGAUUACGUAUUGCCCAACGCUUGAAGGAUGCUCAAAAUGUUAAUGCCAUGUUGACAACUUUUAAUGAGAUAGACAUGAGCUCAAUCAUGGAUUUCCGUAAAACUAACCUCGAAGCUUUUCAAAAGAAGCAUGGUUUGAAAUUAGGUUUCAUGUCUGCAUUCUUAAAAGCGUCUGCUUAUGCCCUACAAGAUCAACCGGUUAUCAAUGCUGUAAUAGAAGGCAAUGAAAUUAUCUACAGAGAUUAUGUAGACAUAUCUGUAGCUGUAGCAACUCCCAAAGGUCUAUUAGUGCCUGUUGUACGCAAUGUGCAAGACAUGAACUAUGCAGAUAUUGAAAAAACAAUUGCUGCUCUUGGUGAAAAAGCAAAAAGAGGUGCUAUUGAUGUCGAAGACAUGGAUGGUGGUACCUUUACUGUCAGUAAUGGUGGAGUUUUUGGAUCUCUAAUGGGAACACCAAUCAUCAAUCCACCGCAAUCUGCUAUUUUGGGAAUGCAUGGUAUUUUUGAAAGGCCUAUUGCUGUUAAAGGACAGGUUGUCAUAAGACCCAUGAUGUACAUAGCCUUAACAUAUGAUCAUAGACUCGUAGAUGGGCGUGAAGCUGUAUUGUUCUUACGCAAAAUUAAAGCUGCCAUUGAAGAUCCUAGAAUAAUUGUUGCAGGAUUAUAAAAAAACAAAAUAAUUUAAAGCCAGCCGUACUUAGACAUAACAAGCACUUAUUAAUUUAAUUAUAUUAAAUUUAUUCCUAUAGUA